AUUUAAUUAAUGGACGAACAAGCAUCAUCUAGGAGAUCUAGAAGGUAAAUAGAUUGUAAUAUAAUUGAAUAGUUUUUCAUCUGCAUCAUCAUCGGUUUCGAAUUUGAGUAAGGACCGAAGUAGAAGUAAUUCAAAAAAAAGAAAUUUUAGAAAUAAAAAGAAGUAAACAAAGAGAGUAAAACAUACAGUAGAGUUUCCUUCACUUGAUUAAUAAUUGAUAAACUUUGAAUAAUUUUAAGAGUUAUAUGUAUGAAUAAUAUGAGAAUGAAAAUAAUAGGUAAAUAAUGAUAUUCCAACAGAGAAAUUAAGACUUCUUUAUUAAACUUAUGAGAGGAAGUGGGAAAAUAAAUAAAAGGAAUUAUUCUUUGAUUAACAUAAAGAUGAACCUUGGAUUUAAGAUAAAUAUAAUCCAGUAAAUAGAAGAGAAUUUUAAGAAGAACGUAAUUAAUUAGCAUAGAAUCGGUUCAAUGAAUUUUUAAAGUAAUAUAAUAUGGGAGGUUUUAAUAAUAUAAAUUUGACAUUAAGUGAAAUAUAAUUGAUGGAACUAUUUGAAUUGAAUGAUCAUUUCUAUAAUGAUGAUCCAGAUGUACCAUUUUGGGAAUUUCAACUUAAAGGUGAGUAAAAAUAAAAAUAAUUUAGAAUCUGUUGAUAUAACAAAGGCUCCAUUUUUUGGUUGUGAUCCAAAUUAGAAUAGUGUAUUUAUAAAGAAUGUGCCUUUACCUUUAUCUAGAGCAGAAGUAGUGAAAGCACUUUCAUAAAUGAAUGGUUAUGUGAGUUUAACAUUAUCAGAGCCAAGCAAAAUGUAGAAUUAUACUCGUAUAGGAUGGGUUAGUUUUGAUGGAGAAGAAUAUUGUAAUAAUUGUGUAAAUGAUGAAAGUAUUACAAUUAAAGGACAUGUAUUGUAAUUCUAAAAAUAAUAAGAAAAGAGGUAAUGUAUAAAAUUAAUUUCUUUGUUUAGAAAAUUUGUAAGAAUCUUCAAAUCAGUUGAAUAUAAUAAACUAUUGAAAGAUUUAUAACAUUAAAGAGAACUUAUUAAAGUCUUAGAUAAAGAAAAAGGAAUAAGUGGUAAUCCAUUACUUGAAGGACCACUUAAAGAUAGAGAUGAUCCAACAUUUAAUAGAUAAUUAGAUAUUCAAACUUUAUAUUUAAGAAGAAUUCAUAAUUAUUGUUAUUGGAGUGGAGCUGAAUUCUCUGAUUAUAGAUUAUUAGUUUCUAAAGUUGGUUAUGUAUGUUCAAUUUAUUUAUUUAUUUAUAGCAUUUCUUUAGAUUAGAUUCAAAAAAGAAAUGUAAUCUAGAAUGGUAAGAAAUUAUUCAAGCUCUUUGUAAUCGUAGAAGAGAAGAAAGUAAUGAUGAAUUACCAUUAAAUGAAUUAAUUGAUAAUGAGAUCAUUCUCAUGGGAUUGAAAUAAGGAAAAACUAGAUAAAAAGAUGCUUUUCCUUGUAUCUUUUGUGAAAAGUAAUUCUAAGGAGGAUCCUAUCUAAUUAAACAUAUAUCAUCCAAACAUGAAAAAUAAUAUUGGGAACAUUAACAAUCUCUUCGUUAAUAAGUUAUUGAUCAAUAAAUGGCUGCUAAUCAUAAAAUUGAAAGAAUAAGCAAAGCUACUAUUCAAAGAUAGAUCUUUGUUAAAGGAGCUAUUGAUGAACUUUAAUUAUAAGAAACUAAGUAUAUUUACAUUUCACUCUAGAGUACAAUUACCUAUUAACUUUGCUCCCAGAGUCUAAUAAAGACAAUAUAAAGAUCUUGAUUCUAUUGCUUAAGAAAAAACAUAACCAGCUAUUAUGUUUUAAAUACGCGAAACCAAAGUCAAUUAUAAUGAUAUAUGAAUUAAACAAAUUAUUUACAAGCUAUUCAAAUUACAGAACAAAUAGAAUCUCAUUAAACUCAAGCUAUUUAACAUUAUGAACAUG